CCCACCCCCCGCGCGGCGAUGGCGGCGCCGGUGCGGGACGCGGCCUCGGCCAGUGACGCGGGCGCGUGGGAGCCGCAGCACGUGCACCUGGGGCUGCGAGUGUCGUUCGCAGCGGGCGCGGGGCGGGUGCGCGGGGCGGCGCGGCUGGCGCUGCGGUGCGCGCGCGAGGGGGCGGCGGAGCUGCGGCUGGACGCGCACCCCAGCCUGGCCGUGCGCCGCGCCGCGCUGCUGCCGCCCGGCGGGAACCCCCCCGGCGAGACCCUGCCCGUGCGAUGCUGCCCCUUCGCCAGCUACGGAAGCGCUCUGCACAUCGACCUGCCCCGGCCCGCCCGCGCCGGGGAGCGCCUCGACGUCCUCAUCGAAUACGAGGCGGGGGAUGGGCCCGGGGUGUGCUGGCUCACACCGGAGCAAACAGCAGGGAAGCAGAAGCCCUUCAUGUACACACAAGGCCAGGCCGUCCUCAACAGGUCCUUCUUCCCUUGCUUCGACACCCCGUCAGUCAAAUGCCCGUACUCGGCCACGGUGGAGGUCCCUGAAGGUUUCACAGCUGUGAUGAGUGCCACGAGCUGGGAGAAGCAGAAUGAUACCACCUUCGUCUUCAAGAUGUCCCAGCCGAUCCCAUCAUACCUGAUUGCUCUGGCUGUUGGGGACAUUGUGUCUGCUGAAGUUGGCCCAAGGAGCCGAGUCUGGGCUGAGCCCUGCCUGAUUGAGGCUGCAAAGAAGGAGUACGAUGGGGUGAUUGAAGAGUUCCUGGUGGUUGGAGAGAAGCUCUUUGGACCUUAUGUUUGGGGCAGGUACGACAUCCUCUUCAUGCCGCCCUCCUUCCCCUUUGGUGGGAUGGAGAAUCCCUGCCUCACCUUUGUGACACCCUGCCUGCUGGCCGGGGACCGCUCCCUGGUGGAUGUCAUCAUCCACGAGAUCUCCCACAGCUGGUUUGGCAACCUGGUCACCAACGCCACAUGGGGCGAGUUUUGGCUGAACGAGGGCUUCACCAUGUACGCCCAGAGGCGCAUUUCCACUGAGAUCUACGGUCUGGCGUACACAUGCCUGGAGGCUGCGACGGGAAGGGCCCUCCUGCGCCAGCACAUGGACAACACAGGAGAGGACCAUCCACUCAACAAGCUGCGGGUGGUCAUCGAGCCAGGUGUCAAUCCGGAUGACACGUACAAUGAAACGCCCUAUGAGAAGGGGUACUGCUUCGUGAGCUACUUGGCCCAUCUCGUGGGGGACCAGAGCAAAUUCGAUGCCUUCCUCCAGGCCUACGUGAACCGGUUCAAGUUCCAGAGCAUCACAGCAGAUGAUGCCCUCGCUUUCUUCCUGGAGCAUUUCCCAGAGCUGAAGGAGAAAGGCGUGGAUUCCAUCCCAGGCUUUGAGUUCGACCGCUGGCUGAACACGCCAGGGUGGCCGCCCUACCUGCCCGACCUCUCGCCAGGGGAGCAGCUGAUGAAGCCGGCAGAUGAGCUGGCAGCGCUCUGGGAAGCCAACAGCUUAAACAUGGAGGCGAUCAAAGCCGUGGACAUCACAGCCUGGAGGGUGUACCAGCUGAUUUACUUCUUGGAUCGAGUUCUGGAGAAAUCCCCCCUGCCAGAAGGCAAUGUGGAAAGACUGAGCAAGAUGUACCCAAAGAUCUCCAAGGCCCAGAAUGCCGAGCUACGGCUCCGCUGGUGCCAGAUUAUCCUCAAGAACAACCUCGAGGCUGAGUACAGCAAGGUCAAGGAAUUCCUCCACAGCCAGGGGAAGCAGAAGUACACGCUGCCCCUCUACCGUGCCAUGUGGGGCGGGUCGGAGUCAGCCCGGGCCCUGGCCACGGAGACCUUCUCUGCUACAGCUCCUCAGCUGCACAUCAAUGUCCAGAACUACGUCAAGAAGAUCCUGGGCCUGGAGGUGGUGGACAACUAGUGCAGCGUGGGCUCCCAUCUCUCCACAGGCUUCCCUCUGGCAGGACCUCGGUGCUCUCUCCCUCACUGCACACUUCCUUAUUAAAUCUUGCUGGUUUUUUCCUCUU